UGAAUUACAUAAUUAAUUGAAAUGCUAUGAAAUCUCAACAGUUUGGAGAAUAAGUGCGAGUUUCCAAUGCCAUGUUAACAAUCACAGUCACUUCUCAAACUUCAUGUCAGACAGGUUGUUGAGAAUACAAUGCACAAGUUUCUUUUGUUGAUAUUCCUAGGAGCUCUCGCGGGCAUUGCUAAUUCAUUAAAUAAACCAUGCAGUGUCAAAGAAACGAAAUCUGGGUUUGUAUGUGUUUGCAACUCUACAUAUUGUGACACAAUCAAGCCUCCUUCCAAACUGAAAGACAGGCAGUUUCAUGUGUAUUUCACCAGCAGUUCAAGUCCUGGUUUCAACCAUCAUCUUGGCUAUUUCCGAAAUGUGCAAGAACACCCACCCACAGGCUAUCGUGUGCAAGUGGAUGAUACAAAGAAACGACAAUCGAUUAUUGGAGUUGGUGGAGCUUUUACUGAUUCAUUUGGAUUUUCUUUCAACAAUCUUACAAGAGAUACUCAGGAUCAUCUUCUAAAAUCCUACUUUUCUGAAGAUGGAAUAGAGUACACAUUCAAUAGAGUGGUAUUUGGUAGCAGUGACUUCUCAUUGAAUGCCUACAGUUAUGUUGAGGACAAUGAUACUUCACUACACACUUUCAACUUGACUGAGAGUGACUUCUUAUACAAGAUAGGUCCGAUUCAACGAGCAAACUCUUUGAGUAAGAGAGAAUUAAAACUAAUGGGAUCUGCGUGGUCAGCUCCCAAAUGGAUGAAAAGGCAAGGCAACAAAAUGAAUCAGUAUCUCAAUCCAGAGCACAGACAAACUUGGGCUAACUACCUUGUCAAAAUCUUCGAAGCGUUCAGGAACAAUAGCAUUGAGCUGUGGGGACUGACUCCGAAUAAUGAGCCAAUCACUCUGGUGGGGUUCAAAGACAUUGACAUAGAAAAUAUGGUGAUGAUGCCUGAAGAGCAGAGGGAAUGGAUUGCCAACAAUUUGGGUCCUGCUCUGGAGAAAAAUGGAUUUGUAAAUAAGUCAAUUGUUGUUCUGGACGAUAUGCGACAUUAUGCUCAGUGGUGGAUGGACAUUGUAAUGAGAAACGAAACUGCUGCAAAGUAUGUGGAUGGUGUUGGUAUGCACUGGUAUGUGGAUUUCUUCGCAUCACCCAAGAUUAUGGACAAAAUAAAAGAGAAGUAUCCAGACAAAAAUAUCUAUUACACAGAGUCGAGCAUUAAUGCAAUUAUGGACAUGUUAUUGACUAUAGAUGAAGGAAAUAGCACUUCGAACUUUUCCAGCUUGAACCCAAGUCCACCCUUGUUGGGAUCUUGGAAAAGAGCUCAAAUGUAUGCCACCAGUCUUAUAGAGAAUUUGAACCACUGGGUGAAUGGAUACAUGGAUUGGAACCUGGCUCUAAAUGAGGGUGGCGGUCCCAAUCUCAUCAACAUGACCUGUGACGCCCCAAUCAUAAUCAAUACCACUGCCAAUGAGUUCUAUAAGCAGCCAAUGUACUAUGUUCUUGGACAUUUUUCCAAAUUCCUGAAACCGGACGCAAUUAUCUUGGAUUGUGGCUUGGAUACAUUUGACGGACGCGUUCAUGAUGGAGAAAAACUGAAUGAGUAUUCCAGAAUAGACUAUGAAGGAAAAGCUUACCAUCUCUUUCUGUACUACAAAGAUGUUAGAUAUAUUGUUGCUCUCAAUCCGGAUGGCUCUCAUACAGUGAUAGUAUUCAAUCCGAAGAAAACGCCACAGAGAUUCUGGAUUCAAGAUGCCAAAAAAGGAAAUGCUUACAUUUUCCUAGAGCCGGAAUCCGUUACAAGUAUUUUAUAUUGAUUGAGUAUUUCGAUUAAAGAAAUUGAUCAAUUAAAUUGAUUUCACCUA